CCCAGACCCUAUUCCCUGCUCUGGGAGGGAGUAUGGACCAGUUGCGGGAAAAGCGGGCAGUCCAGAGCUUUAUUUUUAAGCCAUUGGAGGUCAUCGGGGGCGCUGGUUUGGCCUUAGAGAGGAAGGCUGUUCGGUAGAGGGAGGGAGAAGGGGGUCAUAGUACUUCCUGCGCCGCGCAGGCCUUGACUGGGAAAGUCUGGGUAGUUCCGCAGGGAUAAAGCUGAGCUCUGAGGGAAUUACUCAAGGUGAUGAGGACAAUUGAUGACAGAAUAGUACAUGAAUUAAACACUACGGUUCCAACAGCUUCCUUUGCAGGGAAAAUUGAUGCCAGCCAAACCUGUAAACAACUUUAUGAGUCUUUGAUGGCAGCUCAUGCCAGUAGGGACAGAGUCAUAAAAAAUUGUAUAGCCCAGACCUCAGCAGUAGUAAAAAGCCUUCGAGAAGAGAGAGAAAAAAAUUUGGACGAUUUAACGUUAUUAAAGCAACUUAGAAAAGAGCAGACGAAGUUGAAAUGGAUGCAGUCAGAACUGAAUGUUGAAGAAGUGGUAAAUGACAGGAGCUGGAAGGUGUUUAAUGAACGCUGCCGAAUUCACUUCAAGCCUCCAAAGAAUGAAUAAAGAAAGAAAGAUACUUUUUAUUUAAAGGACCGGGUCAUCUCAUAAGAGCUAAGCAUGACAGAUAUCAACAGGGUGGGCUUCCUAGGAUGAUUUCUGAGCCAACAGUCCAAGACCUUUUGUUGAUUUCAGCCCCACUUAGCCAAAACCUCAAGUACAAAUAAUUCUGAUAAUUAUGAAGAAAUCAACUGCUAUUUUAUACUGAUUCUAUAAAAAAGAGUUUUGUAACUAUUAAAAUAAUUUUCUGA